AUGGACGCUGUACUUCGUCAAUCGAAGGCUAUGUGCCCCUUCUUGAAGAAGGCUUCUCCCGCCACUCUUCGUGCUUUAUCAACUUCUACUCGCCCUCAAGCUUCUCAAUGCGGCGGUACUAUCUCCAAGUUGCAGUUGCUUGGUCAGCGCUGCCCUGUUAUGGGCAAGGCGCUUGCUAUUCAAUCUGCUCGAGUUAGUAAGACUUCGAUAGCCGGUGCCGCCACCGUGGGCGGAAUUCGCAAUUACUCCAGUCAGACAAAGCCGGGGAGAGCCAAGAUUCACACCAGCCGCUCGCACGAAGCAAGACCUUUGGACUCCCCCGUGUUUAAUGCGCGCGAAUCAGUCCAGUUCCCUCCGUCCGUCCAUGCCAAUCGCAAAGCUAAUGCGACAACUCCGCUGAGCAAAUCAUCGAGCUCAGAUGGUAAAUUCGAUUACAAUGGCUUUUACGAUGCAGAACUCGACAAGAAGCACAAGGACAAGUCAUACCGCUAUUUCAAUAAUAUCAAUCGCCUGGCUAAGGAGUUCCCCCAGGCUCACGGGGCUACUAAGGAAGAUCGGGUGACGGUGUGGUGUUCCAAUGAUUACUUAGGCAUGGGCCGCAACUCCCGAGUCCUGCAGCAAAUGCACGAGACUCUCGAAGAGUAUGGUGCUGGUGCAGGAGGAACCAGGAAUAUCUCGGGCCAUAACAAACACGCAGUCGAACUCGAGGGAACUCUUGCUAAGCUGCACGCCAAAGAGGCCGCGCUCGUAUUUAGCUCCUGCUAUGUUGCUAACGAUGCGACGCUCGCAACCCUUGGAAGCAAGCUGCCCGAAUGUGUUAUUUUGUCCGACAGUCUAAAUCAUGCGUCGAUGAUCCAGGGGAUUCGCCAUUCGGGGACUAAAAAGAUGGUCUUCAAGCAUAACGAUUUGGAAGACCUUGAGGCUAAGUUAGCUUCUCUACCGCUCCAUGUUCCUAAAAUUAUUGCUUUCGAGUCAGUCUACAGCAUGUGUGGCUCGAUUGGACCAAUUGAAGGCAUCUGCGAUCUGGCUGAUAAAUACGGAGCUAUCACAUUUCUCGAUGAAGUCCAUGCUGUCGGCAUGUAUGGCCCGAAGGGUGCCGGUGUUGCCGAACACUUAGAUUACGAGGCCCACAAACAAGGCAGACCCGAGGGGACUGUUAUGGAUCGCAUAGACAUCAUAACCGGUACUCUUGGCAAGGCAUACGGAUGUGUUGGUGGAUACAUCGCCGGAAGUGCGAAACUUGUGGAUAUGAUUCGAUCUUUGGCGCCUGGUUUCAUUUUCACGACAUCUCUUCCACCGGCUACUAUGGCUGGUGCUACGGCCGCUAUUGAAUACCAGAUCGACCACAAUAACGACAGACGACUCCAACAACUACACACUCGUGCUGUUAAAGAGGCGUUGGAUGCCAAGGAUAUCCCUGUCAUACCAAAUCCCUCACAUAUCGUUCCGCUUCUAGUUGGAAAUGCCGAGCUUGCGAAACAAGCAUCGGAUAUGCUAUUAAACGAUUACCAGAUUUAUGUGCAAUCUAUCAACUACCCGACUGUACCCGUAGGUCAAGAACGUUUGAGAAUUACCCCGACUCCAGGCCAUACGAAGAAGUAUCGUGAUGAGCUAGUUGCUGCGGUUGAUGAAAUCUGGACCAAGCUUGGUAUUAAGCGAACUUCCGAAUGGGCGGCUGAAGGUGGCUUCAUUGGUGUUGGUGAAGCCGGUGUCAACGCACCCGAACCUCUCUGGACUGAUGAGCAGCUCGGAAUCGAUCAACAAAUCGCCAAAGAAAUCAAGGAAUCGAAGCCAGCUAAUGGUUUCAUGGAAACUCUGCUCGAACGCGAGAACCUGGCUACGGGCGUGAGCGCUACCGCCUAA